CUUAUUAAUUUUAAACACAUUUUUCUUUAUCUUGUCCCUGCGUAUUUCGUAAUUCUAUUGAGACAUUAUUACAUUUUUUUUUUUCUUGGUGUUUCUGUCAUUAUAAUAUUUUUACUUUCAUUUGGACCUUUUAUUAUUAUGAGACAAUUGGGUCAAGUUCUUUCUCGUUUAUUUCUUUUUAAAAGGAGGUUUUGUCAUGCGUACUGGGCACCGAAUUUUUGGGCUUUGUAUUCCGCGGCUGAUCUUGCAAAACUUCUCGGAUGGACGUUAAAUGAAUCGGCAAUUGGUUCAAUUACAAGUGGAUUAAUUGAGGAUGUUAAUUCCGCAUUAUUACCACAAGUUAAAGCAAAUCACACAUUCAUUCUUAUUUUGAUUCUUCAAAUGAUAUCUCUUGUUAAAUCGUGGGAAGCAUCCAAGUUACAAAAAUUUUCUCGUAUCAUUAAUAUUAAACGGAUAUUCUUCUUUUCUAUUCGGAUGACAUGUUCACGAAAAAGCAAUCUUAUUAGUUAUGGGUAAAAUUAUAUUUUUAUCAUAUCUCAAAUAUGCACUUUUCCGUUCUUAUAUAAUACUUACAGUAUCUGGAUUAUAUUCUUUAUUUCCGCUCUUAUUCAAAUUAACAGAAUCUACCAUCAAAAUAGUGAUUUGUUCAUCUUAACUUUUAUGAGAAUUUUAUCUAAUUUAAAUUAUAAUAGAAACAAUAUUAUGAAAUAUUCUCGAAUUAAUGAAUCAAAAUUAUCAUAUUUACU